GAGCCCGCGGUGUCUUCUCCACGCCCCUGCGCUCAGCUUUAGCCUCGGUCACUGAGAGACGCCCUGGAAAGUCUGUGGCGGCCUCUGUCACACUGGGACCCCCACUGGCAGCGGGAAGCAGAGGGAGUACCCUGGAACAUCCCGGAAGCCGGGAAAUGGACACAGUGGCCUUUGAGGAUGUGGCUGUGAACUUCACCCAGGAGGAAUGGGCUUUGUUGGGUCCAUCACAGAAGAAUUUGUACAGAUAUGUGAUGCAAGAAACCAUCAGGAACCUGGACUGUAUAAGAAACAUAUGGGAAGGCCAGAAUACUGAAGAUCAGAACAAAAAUCCUAGGAGAAAUCUAAGAUGUCAUAUGGUAGAGAGAUUCAGUGAAAGUAAAGACAGUGGUCAAUGUGGAGAAACAUUUAGCCUGAUUCGAGGUAGUAUUGUGAACAACAGCAUUUGUCCUGGAGAAGAUCCAUGUCAAAGCACCGAGUGUGAAGAAGUCAUAAUGGGUCAUUUAUCCCUUAAUAGCCACAUCACAGUUAAUGCUGGAUACAAACCUUGUGAGUAUCAGGAAUAUGGCGAGAAGCCACAUACAGAUAAACAACGUGGGAAAGCCUUCAGUUAUCAUCACUCCUUUCAGUCGCGUGGAAGGCCUCACACUGGAAAGAAACGCUAUGAGUGUAAGGAAUGUGGAAAAACCUUCAGUUCUCGUAGAAACCUUCGAAGACACAUGGUAGUGCAAGGUGGAAACAGACCUUAUAAAUGUAAGUUGUGUGGGAAAGCUUUUUUUUGGCCCAGUUUAUUGCGUAUGCAUGAAAGAACGCACACUGGAGAGAAACCGUAUGAAUGUAAGCACUGUUCUAAAGCCUUUCCUUUUUACAGUUCCUAUCAAAGACAUGAGAGAACGCACACUGGGGAGAAACCGUAUGAAUGUAAGCAGUGUUCUAAGGCCUUGCCUGAUUCCAGUUCCUAUAUAAGACAUGAAAGAACUCACACUGGAGAGAAACCCUAUACAUGUAAACAAUGUGGGAAAGCCUUCAGUGUUUCCAGUUCCCUUCGAAGACAUGAAACCACUCACAGUGCAGAGAAACCCUAUGAGUGUAAGCAAUGCGGGAAAGCAUUUCAUCAUCUUGGAAGCUUUCAAAUACACAUGAAAAGGCACACUGGAGAUCGACCUCAUAAAUGUAAGAUAUGUGGGAAAGGCUUUGAUCGUCCUAGUUUAGUUCGAUAUCAUGAACGAAUUCACACAGGAGAGAAACCCUAUGAAUGCAAGCAGUGUGGGAAAGCAUUAUCUCAUAGCUCAAGCUUUCGAAGACACAUGAUAAUGCACACUGGAGGUGGACCUCAUAAAUGCAAGGUAUGUGGGAAAGCCUUUGUUUAUCCCAGUGUAUGUCAAAGACACGAAAAGUCUCACAGUGGAGAGAAGCCCUAUGAAUGCAAGCAGUGUGGGAAAGCGUUAUCUCAUAGCUCAAGCUUUCGAAGACAUAUGGUAAUGCAUACAGGAGAUGGGCCGAAUAAAUGCAAGGUAUGUGGGAAAGCCUUUGUUUAUCCCAGUGUAUGUCAAAGACAUGAAAAGACUCACUGGAGAGAAACAAUAUGA